AUGGUCGCCAUCGCGGCCCUGUCGCUGCCUCUUCGCAGCCCCUCGCGUGGGCCUGCGUGGCGGUCUGGCGGCUCCGUGGUCGCCGUCGCCGCCGUGUCGCCGCCUCGUCGCCGCCCGUCGUUUGGGCUCGUAUGUCGGGAUUGGAUGAUGUCUGGGUUGAGGGAUGUUGAGAUUCUGAAGACGCUGCAUUCAAUGCCUACGGGUGGCGGAUAUCUGGUCAUGUUCGCGGUGUAUGUCGUUUUCGUGCUGGUCGGGGCGUUGAACGUUCUUACCUCCAUGUUCGUGGAACGGGCGCGUGAGCUCAGCAGGUCGGACAGGGACGUUGCCACGCAGGCCGAGCUGGCCGCGCAGGAGGCGUUCAUUGUGGAGAUGCGGCGCAUCUUCGAGGAGGUGGACGAGGACCAGGAUGGCAAGAUCACGUGGCAGGACUUCAGAGACUACCUCAAGAACGAGGAGGCCCAGGCCUUCUUCACGACGCAGGCGCUCGACACCUCGGACGCCGCCGGGCUGUUCAGCCUGCUGGACAAGGACGGGAAGGGCGAGGUCAAAGUCGAGGACUUCGCCCUCGGGUGCAUGAGGCUGCGCGGGCAGGCCAAGAGCUCGGAGGUGGCCACCCUGCUGCGCGAGAGCCGAAAGGCCAGCAAGAAAGUCAUGACAGAGAUCCGCGGACUGAAGGAUCAGCUUGAGCUCAGGCAGCCGAGCGAGGCGGAGCACCGUUUCUCGCACCGUUGGCCGACGCGGCCAUCGGUAGACAGCUCGAGGGUGUCCGCGGUCAGGCUGAGCGUCGCCGAGGUACAGCCCGACACCUCUCCGAUCGGAGACAGCGACUCAACACCUUUGCGAGCGCGACAAGUUUCCGAUUUCUCCAGCGCGACGUAG